AUGGCUGCCGAACUGCGUCAUCGCGCGCCGACCCAGCCAUCCGAGAGGACUGACAACACCGCUCUGCCCUCCGACCUGGGUCCCAGCCCUCACCCCUCGGGUCGGAGAAAGCACGGCACGCUGGUUCAAAUAAUCAGAGGCGUUUCGGUCACUGUAUACUUCGUUGUUUGCGCAACCACGAUCCAUGCGACUCAGCUCAUCGGUUCCCCGCUCUACUGGAUCAAUCGCGACCUCUACUAUGCCUACAUGUCCCUCACUAAGCGGUCCUUUGGCCUGCUCAUCACUACAAUGACCCAUUGGUGGGGUGCCACGACCAUUCGCAUCAGCGGCGAUGCCUCCGUGGCCGAUCAGAUCAGAAAAACAGAAGAUGGUCUUGUUGAGUUCUCCUUCCCGGAGCGCAUUAUCAUGAUCGCAAACCAUCAGAUAUACACGGACUGGCUUUAUCUUUGGUGGGUCGGCUAUGCUAACUCGCCCAAGAUGCACGGCUUCCUCUAUAUCAUUCUGAAGGAGUCACUCAAGUAUAUCCCAAUCAUUGGGCCUGGCAUGAUGUUCUACGGUUUCAUCUUCAUGUCGCGCAAAAUGGCCACCGACCAGCCCCGGCUCGCCCAUCGCCUCGGCAAACUCAGGACACCCCACGCAACCCCCGAUGGCAGAAAGUAUCUCGACCCUAUGUGGCUGCUUCUGUUUCCUGAGGGCACCAAUAGUUCGAAAAAUGGCCGUCAAAAGUCCGCCAGAUGGGCCGAGAAGAUCGGGGUCAAGGAUCCGGAGCAUGUGCUGCUCCCCCGCAGCACCGGCACCUAUUACUGCCUCCAGGAGCUUAAGGGCACGGUCGAUUACAUCUAUGACUGCACCGUGGCCUAUGAGGGCGUCCCACGUGGCCGGUUCGGAGAGGAGAUCUUUACCAUCGGCGGCACCUAUCUUCGCGGCCAACCUCCCAAGUCGGUCAACUUCUACUGGCGCCGCUUCCGCAUCGCCGAUAUCCCCCUUGCCAACCAGGAAGAGUUUGACAUGUGGUUGCGCGAACGCUGGUACGAGAAGGACGCUCUCAUGGAACAGUACUUGACAACCGGCCGUUUCCCUCCGACGCCUGCCGUUGAUGGCGCCGACACCAAAGGCCAAGAGGGAGGUUACCUUGAAACCGAGGUUCGCACGAAGCGCUGGUAUGAGUUUCUUCAAAUUUUCAGUGUCAUUGGCACAGUGAGCGCGCUGGUCUGGACUGCACUUCAGUUCAAGACCCUUCUGGCCUGGUGA